GGCUCGCGGCUGCUGUUUUCCACUUAUUUUUUUUUCCAAAUGAUUGAUGCUUUUAGGUGAGUGAACCGGUACCACUCUAUUUUGGCAACUCAACUCAAAUUCUGUACGUCCAAAAACCUUACUUGAGGUUUCAUUUUAUCUCCUGGUUCUAUCUCCAGUUUUAUCUUAUUUGUUUUUAUCCACUAUUUUAUCGUCUGGUACCGGUAUGCUGAAUAUGAUCGAAAUAAACUUCUACCUAUACACUCAUUAAUAUUGAACAACGGACUCCGUUCACCCCUACCUGCGUCCCGUGAUCCUAAGAAGUCAGCUUCCUAUCGAUCAGGCUUGACGUUAUAAGUCUGUAAGUAAUAUCCGUUUAGUCUCCUUUACUGGUUUGCUGCGAAACAGGAUUGUUGUUCUGUGUACAGUCUCCAACUCGAAUACAAGUAUCACUAGUGUGACAUGGAUGGACUUCGUAUUUUUGUGUGUCUUGCAGCGCUCAUUUCAACAUGUCUUGGUGAGUUUUACAUUGCAAGUGCACCGAAAACAAUGAAGUUUAUACCGAGAACUGAUCAAACUGUUCGAAGGCGCGAACUGCCGGGAAUCAUCAAUUUCAUGAUGGGUUUGCCUGCACAAUAUUUACAUCGCACUGAAACAUGGCCAGGUCUUCAGAGCAUUGAUUUGUUCAAUCCACCAACAGCGAAUGUUCUGAUAACGUUACAUCUUCCAAAAGGGAACGAUUUUGCCCUGAGCAAGCACAUCAUCAAGUACACAACAGAUAAUUUGGAGUCAAGCAUUCCACCAAUAUUUGAAAUGAAUUCUGCUCUAAUUUCUGAUUAUUCAAGUCAAUCUGUCAUUCGAUCAUUUGUGCUUCCUGAUCAAUUCAAAGGCUCAAACAUCGACAGGGCUGAUGUUCUUCAAAUGAGGAAACGCAUCAUGGAGGAAGAUGCAAUUAUUCGUUCAUUGCCAAUAACAAUCAUUUCUUUAAACACAAACAAUGAUGAAGAUUGUCAUUUCUUUGAAGAAUUACAAAUGUUGAUGGAUGCUGUCACACAGUUGCGUGAAACUGACACUGAAGCGAAGCAGAGUGUUCAUGUUCUAUUAACUUCAUUGGAUAUUUUAUCUCAAAGAUAUGGUCCCACUUCACCUCAAGUGAAAGAAGCAAUCAAAUUAUUCGAAUAUUACAUUCCUCAGUUCAUUGAAUCAUUGGAGGGCGUUUAUCAUGGAAAAGUGUUGUGUGAAGUCGAUGUAACUGGUGCUGCUCCCGCUGUAUCUGAUUAUCUGAUACGUCAUACACGAAGUCUUCAACAAGCCGCUGUUCCUGCCUCAUCUGGUAAUGCAGUUAACUUUACGCAGCUCAACCUUGCAGAACCAAAUACUGCAGAAUUUGCAGUAAUGUUCAGCAUCAUGCUUUGGCUCAUGAUUGGGUUUUUCAUUGCUGUCCUUGUUGUAACCUAUAACAUGUUUUUUAUGGACCCAGGCAAGGAUAAUAUUAUUUAUAGAGUUACUAGCCAGAGGAUUAAAAUGGAUUAAAGCAGAGAUGAAACUUUUAUUCAAACCAGAAAUAGUGGUUAUUUGAUUGUGGAUUGCAGAUUUUUUUGUGUUAAAUUGAAAUUUAAUGUUGUUUCUUGCGUCGUUAUAUUGAAUACUGUGGUUUGUGGUUAUUGCUUUACAGUUGAAUUUGACUUCAUUGGUUAAAAUCGAUGUUAAGAAUCAAAUUUGUUCCUCAUGCAGUGAGCCAAAGUAUCCAAGUCAAUGCGGUACUUUCAUCAAAUAUUCAAUUUUUUUCGAUUGCCACCUUGGUGUUUGGCAUCAAAGUCGCAGGAAUUCCUAUUAUUCAUAGAUAGUCAGAUCCAUUGGUUCUAAAAUCGUGAACCUAUUAUUCUACUGAUUGAUCCCAAGACUUUCUAUGCUCGAAAAGUAUCGUAAAUAUAGUAAACUACACUUCGAAUAAGCCUUUAUAGGCAGGCAGUUGUAAGCUUUUCCCAUAUUGACCAAAAUCUUUCAGCUUCGGCAUCAACUACCCAAUUUAUUAUGAUUUGAGUGAGUUGAUGGGCAUGAAACACCGGUGACGAUUGAUUUGCGGGCUCCCUCGUAUUAUGUGAACCAAGGAAACCGGAACAUAGUACGUGGGGAGUCACUUGGCUAGUCCCCAAACUCGUAAUAGAACAAAAAUGAGAAAAAUUGAAAUAAAAUUAUGUCCUAACCCUAACCUGGUACACAUUCUACGUUCCGGUGUGCGCCGGAUGUGAUGAUGAUGUAUAUACCGUAUUUAUUCAAAUAUAACGCGCACUCGUGUAUAACGCGCACCUUUAAAUUUUGAAUGAAAAUUGGUAUAAAAUUCUUUUUUUUAUUUUUUCUCUACUAACUACUGGUAAGCACAUAAGGUAACAACUCACAGCAUGAACAAAAAUUUAUUAAAAGCACACAGUAAUUCAAAACUCUUCAAAAUCGGAUUCAGUCUCUGAUUCACCAAACAACUGUUCGAUUUCUGUUUGGGUUAUGUUUAAAUCAGUGUCCCAAUCGGCGGGAACAUCACUUUCUCUACGUGAUCUACACGUAUCUACAGUACAGUACGAUAAUGGCAAAUAAAUAUUCUCAACGCAGCGGGAAUGUCAAACGCAUGCUGAGCUGUCGCAUGUGCGUGUGCUUGCACGAAUGUCAAACGCACGCUGAGCUGUCGCAUGUGCGUGUGCUUUCACGAAAUCGUCCUGCAUUGGAAUGUGCAUGCGCGAGCGCACGCACGUUUCAGAUGUUUAAAACCACAUUUUCAAUACCGCAUUUCUCAGACCUCGUGUAUAACGCGCAGCGUUGAUUUUUGCCUAAAAUUCAGUUCAAAAUUUUGCGCGUUAUAAUCGAAUAAAUACGGUAUAUCACUUAUAAGUAUUGUUGAUAGAUCGGCCAAUUAUAUGUUGUUAUGCAUUGUGAUCGGUACUUGACUGGAAAAUUGAGAUAUGCUGGAAUUUUUUGACAGUGUUUUAAAUGUAAACUUUCUAUCGACUGCAUAUCAGGCAAUGUAUUUGGCAAUGUAUACUUCUCCAUGAUCUAAUUUAAUUACUACAAAAUGGAAAUCAUUUCGAGCAUUGCAUUUUAUGGUAUUUUAAUUUUUCAUUAUCUUAUAUCAUUGAAUAAUGAUGACCAGAAUCUGUUCUAUGAGCAUUGAUCAUAUCUUGAAUAUUCAUGGGUGUAUGCCCUGAUUUUUGCGUUUAGUUAACUAGAUCUCAACUCUCCUUUCACACAGACCAAAAACGAAAAUCAUGUUUGUAUUAUUUAUCUCAGCCACAGUCAACAAUGUGGCUUUAGUUGGUAAUACUAGUCAUCGGUUUCGAAUUUAUAUAUUGUUGAUGUCAAAGUUCAAAGAAUUAUGUAUUGACAUGUUGUCCACUAAAAAAGUCGACUAAAGCAACAUAACGUAGUGUGUCUUCGCUAUUAUAACUGAAUUAUAUUUGAUGUAUUUUCUUUGUUGUAAGUUCCUUUAUGGCUGAUAGGUAUGCUCUUCAAUAUCUGACGGUUGUAUAUCAAAUUCAUUUUGUGUUUGUGCAAUUUUCUUCUAUUUACUCAAUAAAUAUCUAUUUAGUAGUGUG